GGAGGGAACAGAGUCAGACGUGAAGAAGAUGCUGCGGAGUGAGAGAGCAGGAAAGAAUGUCUACUGAGUGGGUGGCUCAUCCUUGUUCACAAACCGGCUCUCGCUGAGACACCAUGGGCUGCAUCGGCUCCCGCACCAUCACGGCGGAUGCAGUUCCCGUUCGAAAAGAUGGAGAGCAGCUGUCUAUGGAGGACACCACCUCGAUUUUGCCUCGUCUAAAGCGAAACUCAGACUCUUACGGGAUCGGAGCUCUGGCUAAGUCCUCUCUGUCAGGUGUGUCAGGGGUAAGUAGAUCGAUGAAGGAUAAAGUGACCAAGCCCACCGCUAUGGCUCAGGGUCGGGUGGCACAUAUGAUCGAGUGGCAGAGCUGGGGUAUACCAUCAGCGGGCCCGGAAGGGGGACCGGGUCGUUCCAACCUGGUCCGCGAGAGGGAAAGACGGCUCGAAAAUGAUGCAUAUAGUGACUUGAGCGAUGGGGAGAAAGAGGCGAGAAUGGCAGCAGGAAUCAUGCAGCAGCUUGCCAUAUCCGAGGCCACACUGUCAGCCUGGAACUCAAUGUGUGGAGAGAGUUUCUGUGCAGACUCCAACCAGGGCAGUGUUGCUCACCUGAGUGAAGUCAACCAGGAGAGCAUCACCAGCAGAGACCAGCCAUUGCAUCAUUCCUCUGCAGAUGUGUGGCCUCGCACCUACGUCUCCCAUGGCCUUUACUGCCUCUCCUCCUCUGAUGCAUGGGAGCCAAUCAGCAAUGAGCCCUCGGGCGUGGCUUCACCCGCCACAGGCUCCUACAUAAUGGCGGGCGGGGCUUCGGGUGAGGGUUACGAUGUCUCUGCCCACUACCUGACGCAGCAGCAGCUGACGUUGCAACAGCAGAACCACGUGCAACAGGUGCAACAGUAUCAGCACCAACAGCUCCUGCAAUACCAACAGUCAUUGGAACAUCGACUGCACAGCACCUCCCACUCCUUACAAGCCACGCCCAACAGCACUAUCCAUAGCCUGGGCCCCCCCACUCACCCGAGACUGGCUGACUUGUGGGCGGCAGCACAGGUGGAGCCCCAUCAAAUGGAAAUGAUGGGUGUGACCAUGGCAGAAAUGGGAAUGGCGGAAGUUUACGCGGAGACUGAAUGCAUCCCUGAGCAGAGAGAGGAGGAGGAAAUUAAGGAGGAUAUAACACUAACACUCAAACCCGAGCUGACAUCGGUAACUCCCGCCCUGACCCCUCCACCACAGAGAGAAGACUCCACCCCACCUAGGGGCACAAGCCCGGGGCAAGCACCAGCAGAGCCAACGGCUGAGCACAUGACCUACGAGGUCACAUCCUGCGUCGUCCAAUCGCUGGAGGAAGUGGAGGAUGGGGCUAUUGUUGUUGUGGCAACCAACUGACAGUUCAGAUUUACUGAGAGCGAGCAAAGGACACACUCAGAAACAAAAACCUUACCGUCUGUGAAAUAACCAACAAGUUACGCUAUUCUAUACGCCAUUUUACCACAGAUAUGUACUCCUGUCGACUGUCACACGUGGUGGAAGAACUUCGCCGUGACGGGGACAGAUUUAUUCUUUAUUUAACAGCGAUGGAGCACAAGGUGGAAGAAUGCACUGGGACCCAUAUAAAGACUAAACGUGUGGGAGCGCCAAGCCGACAUGAUGCUGCUGCUGCGGAAUGUUGUAGGUUUAUAGGCGGAAAGAGAGACAGUUUGAGUCCAAGGACACUUGCAAAUGAGAACAAAGAGUGCAAUACUGAGAAAUCAAUACAACCAAAAGAAAGUGCAUGCGUUAAUUUUAAUUUAUUUACGUAUUUAAGUGACUCUGAACGAUCAGUAUACAUUUGAUGAGUUUGGUUCCAAAAUGAGACAACUCAGUUUUUCAUCUUUUUCAAAAAUCAUGUUUUUUAUUCUGCAUUCCAAUUAAUGUCAAUCAAACUGCAGUUGUUUUGUUUUGAUUUAAGCCUUAAUAAUUAAAAAAAAGCUAACUAAUACAAUAAAACACAAUUAAAACAUGAUAACAUAGUACAAAACAUAAUUUUUGAAAAAAAACAUCUCAUUUUGGAACCGAACUUUUCAUACAGUAAUAAUAAUAAUAAUAUAUUGAUUUUUGUAAUAAAACUAAAAGCCAAUGAAACAGUAUGUAUUUGUAUGUAUAUAUAACAUGUAUGUACUGUAUGUGUGUAUGUUAGUACGGAUGUACGAAUGUAUGUGUCUUUUAAGGUAUAUUCUGAAAAACAUAUUAUGACUUUUUGUGUGAAGUGUCCCCUAUGUUAAAUCCAACAAACACACAAACAAUUUCAAACUGACACUGAUACAUGUAACACACACAUGGAAAAGAUGUUUUUGUUCUAAAAAAAUCCAAGCACAAUACUGCCUGACUGAAAACAGUGCUGCCCUUUUUAACAUUCUAACUGUAUGGUUACCAAGACUUAUGCACUAUUAUGAACAUAAACGAAUGUAUUACCCAUCUUCAUAACGACAGUCCAGUUCUGUCCUCAUGUCUUCAGUUUCAUCAUAGACGUUUGUGUUUGUUUGUGCGCUGCCUGCCUGAGCUGCUUGAUAUUGAUUUGCACUGAACAACAAGAAACAAAAAAGGCAAACUGAAGAGUCGUCAUCAUUCCAGGAGGUUCUGUCAGUCUUUACAUGCAAAAGAGAAGCAACUUUAGAGACUUGGAAUCCGUUGGGUCUGAAACUACAGGAAACCGACGUGGAAGACGAAGGUCUUGUGAGAUGUUUCAUAGACUGAACUCAUUAACUAAUUUCAUCAUUUCCUCCAAAAAUAGACAUUUCUUUCAAACCCUGUAACUUUUUUAGUACCUCACUAAAACCAUUUGUUAAUAGGGUAUAGCAUAUGCUUUUGUCACGACAGACCGUAUGACUGUGGAGAUGAUGAGAAGGUGCUUCUCUGGUUAUUGCUUGCAUGAUUUCCACUUAUAAUUUCAUACGCUGUAAUUUUAAUGUCUGCUGCAAACAGAAGUGCCCUGAACGCAAAAAGAAGCGUCCACUUCACUUAUAUUUGUCAUUAUAAUAUACGUAUAUGUUCCAAAAUAUAAAAAAAAUGACUGUCAAGUUGUGAUAUGGAUAUUGUGCCAAGAGUCUGGAAUGCUUUUGAUUUAGCAAAUGAUUUAUAUUCUGGGAUGAUUUUGAGAGUUUUGCUUUUGGUACGAGGCAAAUCUAAUGCAAUAUUUAUUUUUCUAUUCUAACUAAGUUGUCAUUCUUUGUGUUAUUUUGAACAGUGUAGGAAUUUGGUAGGCCUAUCUGCUAGAUAGAGAGAGAGAGUCAUUUCUUUACCGGUCUAAUGGCUGCGUUUGAGAGGAUGUUGAUUAAAUUACAAACCUUUUUAAAAGGAGAAAAUAACAAUUAUCACUCGCUGAGACCUCUAAAAGUGGAUGAGUCCACAUGGAUAUCAAGCUCUGUCAAAAAGGCAAAAUUACACUCUUCUCUAGAUAUUCUCUAAGCGUCUUGAAUUACACAGCAAAAAUAUCCAAAGGUUGGUAAAGCAAUUUUUUUGAAGAUCAUCAAAAUAUGAUGGGAAAAUAAAUAUGAAGCGGAAGUUAAGGUAAAGAAACCAGACGGGGAAUUUUGGUUGCUGAGAUUUAAGGUAGAAAGCAAUCUUGGAGUUUUCCUCAGCAUUCAUUGUCAUCUUGUAUUCUCAGUUAAAUCAUGUGCAUUUUAAUGUGCUGUAAAUAAAAUCCUUAUUGUGAA